AUGUCCUCGGCGGUGGCGGCGGCGGCGUCGACGGUCGCGGCGGAAGGUGCGGCGGGGAUUUCCGCCCCGUUGACUGCCACGGGGGGCCACUCAGCUUACGGUGCUUUCGGAGGGCCUAGAACGCCGCCCAUAUCCGCCGCUUCAACAGGAUACCUACCGUCAGAACUCCAAUUGAAACACUGGUCACAACAGCUCAGCUCACCGCCAGGAGGUCCUCCGUCGGGCGAGCUCGGAUACGGUCACGCACAGCACGCCUAUUCCCACGCACCAUUCUCCAGCACCGACCCAUUUUCCGGGUUCGCGAGCUGUGGGAUGACGGUGGGACCACUCCCAGGAUCUCUGGGUCAGCGCUCCCUGAGCCCGUUGUAUCCGUCACAUGCAGAAAAGACGCUCCUGGGCUUAGCCGUGGGGACGAACAGCUUGAACGGAGGACCAAUAGGUGCUUCAAAGAAGAAGGUGUCGAAGCCAAGACGCCGCGUGGCCACGGUGGCGCAGAGAAGAGCUGCGAAUAUUCGCGAGAGACGUCGGAUGUUUAACCUGAACAACGCUUUUGAUCGGCUUCGAAAGAAGGUGCCCACGUUCGCAUACGAGAAACGUCUCUCGCGGAUCGAGACGCUCCGCCUCGCCAUCAUGUACAUUGCCUUCAUGUCGGAGGUAGUCCACCAAGGCUCUGGGCCUCACAAUGGUAACGGCCAUUUCGGAUCUCCUCCUUCCUCGAUUCACUUGAGCUCGUCGGCGGAAGACGACGAGGUUCUGUCGCUGUCCUCGUUCAAUUCAGGCCAUCAAGGACAGUACUCACCAGGAAUGCACUCGUUCUAGAGCUAGAAAGUCUCGGAACUAGUCGGCAACGAACACGGGAUCAUCGAACAGAGAAACUUUCCAAUCUGUUAAGGUUGCUCAAGACUGAUCACGCCGUGGAAGUCAGCGCCUGAAUAUUUUCGCCGAGUUCGGGGGACGAAAAUGAUUUCUGUGAAUUUCGCCAAGUGCGAGAAGCGCCAUCCCCGCUCCCCCACUCGCUCCUCCAACAAACGUGCACCAAAGCAAUAAUUCAAUGGAAUGUAUAUAAUUGUGAUGAGAACAUAUCAACCAUCAUGAGAGAGGUGUUUGCUUCAGUAAGGAAUAACUUGUAUGUGAUAGGAUUCUAG